AUGGCCUUUCUGCAACGCAAAAGAACACUUCGGCUGUCACCAAGCACGUGUCACCUGUUCCAAACACAGCCAGGACUCUGCAAUCCGGCUGCGCAGCCACACGCUCCAAAACUAAGCCAGAGAACGCCCCACGGGCCGGGCCAGCCCCAGCACGUCGCACCAGAGGGUGACUACCAGGCCACAGGAAAAGCGUCCCAGGGAGCGCGGGGCCUGCUCACCUCGGGCCCGCUGCAAGGCCCCGGGAGCCCAGGGAAGCGGCACCAGCACGCACAGAGCCCCACGAGCCGCCCGACGGGCGAACGGCAUUCCUGGGCCCUGCUCCCGACCCCGGCCCCUCCUCCCGCAGGGCGCCGCCGGCCGAGAGAGGAGGGAGACCCCGCCGACUGCUACCCCCGGCCCCGGGCACCUCGGCGGCCAUCGGGCCCCGGGCGGGCGGUAAUCGGGCGCAUCCCCACGCCGCGGUGCCGCGGAGGGCCUCGCUCCCCGCCCGGUCCCAGCCGGAAGAAGGGCAGGCGAGCGCUGCGAACGCACCGCGAAUCCGCCGCAGCGAAGCCCCGGCGGACAUUUAGGAUCCUGGCGCGGGGGGCGCGGGCUGGCACAUGCGCAGUGCCGUGGGGCUGCCCUCCCGUCCCGCCUCAGCCUCUUGCGCUUCGUGCGGCAGGGGGCAAGGAGACGGAGGGAAAGCCUCCUCUACUCGGCUCUGCCUCCAGCUCUUACGCCGAGCCUUCGCCGUGGGCCGCCCCCGCCGCAUCUCUCAGGCAGAACUCUCGGCUUCUGGUGUCGAAAUGCCGCUCCUGUGAAGAGCCGCUAGAAUGUCGGCAUUGGCACCGCGGUGCGCUCGGUUUGCGCGGCUCUGCCUGCGCCGCGGAGCUCCCUCUCCCUCUCUCCCGCCAGGGCUGUCAGGACGGCAGCAGCCACCGCUCGAACAGCAGUGGGAGAGUGGAUGGUGUUUUCCCCCGCCCUCUCCGUUGCACCAUUCCACGAGCUGCCCGGGGAGAUCGUGGAACUUGCCUCUCUAGAGACAAUCAAAACCCACCAGGACAUGUUCCUGUGUCACCUGCACCAGCCGACCCUGCCAUGGCAGAUGAUGUCCAGAGGUCCCUCCCAACAGUAACGACCCUGCGAUUCCGUGAAGGUGCUUCUCCUCACUUCAGAGGCCUCCUGGGCGCAGGGCUCAGCUGGAACACACGCAGCUGGAGCCUGGACAGCAGGAUGAGAACCAGCUUAACGACCUUGUUCAGCUCCAGCCUUUCGGGCGUGCUAAACACGUCAGCACACCUGAGACGUCUUCUUUGCCUUUUAGCUAAUGGGGCUUCCAGAACGAGGUGGCUUGUGCAAAGCCGCUGCGACCUCAUACACCUCAUGCCCCACCCCCAAAACAACAGCUGAUUUAGGUUUUAAAAAUAGCAUUAUUGGCGGGGGGAGGGAACAAAACCAACCAAACAAAAAAGCCAAGCCACG